ACUGUUUAUUAAAAAAAUUAAUAUUUUAUAAAUAAAUAAAUAUAUUAUAAAACAAAAAUUAACACCAAAAUGUCGGAAGUUGCUUCGAAUACAAAUGCUAACGAAAAGAUGACAGCUUUAUUAAAAGAAGCUGAAAACUUGAAAACUAAAUUGGAGGAAGAGCGCCAGAAAUUAAAUGAUGUUAGCAUGUCUAGCAUAGCUGAACGCUUGGAACAAAUUGCUUUCGUAAAUAUCAAGCCACGCAAAGUGCUUAAAGGACAUCAAAAUAAGGUGCUUUGCACUGAUUGGAGCCCUGACAAACGGCAUAUUGUAUCAUCUUCACAAGAUGGCCGCCUAAUAAUUUGGGAUGCAUUUACUACUAAUAAAGAACACGCGGUUACAAUGCCUACAACAUGGAUAAUGGCAUGUGCAUAUGCGCCUUCAGGAAAUUAUGUUGCUUGCGGUGGUUUAGAUAAUAAAGUAACUGUAUAUCCUAUUACUAAUGAUGAAGAGAUGGCAGCCAAAAAACGUACCGUUGGCACACAUACCAGUUACAUGUCUUGUUGCAUAUAUCCAAAUUCAGAUCAACAAAUUUUAACUGGAAGUGGCGAUUCUACUUGUGCACUUUGGGACGUUGAGUCUGGACAACUUUUACAAAGCUUUCAUGGUCAUUCGGGUGAUGUGAUGGCUAUUGAUUUGGCUCCCAAUGAGACCGGUAACACAUUUGUAUCCGGUAGUUGUGAUCGUAUGGCAUUUAUAUGGGAUAUGCGUUCAGGACAUGUAGUACAAUCAUUUGAGGGACAUCAAUCUGAUGUAAAUAGCGUUAAGUUUCAUCCAUGCGGUGAUGCCAUUGCAACUGGAUCUGAUGAUAGCAGUUGUCGCUUAUUUGAUAUACGUGCUGAUCGUGAAGUUGCUGUAUUUUCUAAAGAAAGCAUAAUUUUCGGAGUUAACUCGGUUGACUUCUCGGUGAGUGGACGAUUGUUGUUUGCUGGAUAUAAUGAUUACACAGUUAACUUAUGGGACACGCUUAAAUCGGAGAGAGUAUGCUUGCUAUAUGGACAUGAGAACAAAGUGUCAUGUGUACAGGUAUCACCUGAUGGCACAGCACUUUCUACUGGCAGUUGGGACUACACUAUACGUGUUUGGGCUUAAAUCAAAUUAUCAAUUAUGAAUUGAUGUGAUGUUAAAUGUUUAUAAGAUUAUAUAUUAGAAAAAAAGUAUUAUUGUUAUAAUGUGUAAUUUGAUUUGUUGCCAUAUA